AUUAAAAAUGCUUUAUAGCCUACGUGAUCGACGUACCAGAACAAUUAGUAAUAUAAUGCUUUUCUAAGUACAAUUAGUAAGUUACUAAUGCAUUUUAAAAUAAUAUAAUCACGUACUGCCAUGCCUCAUAUGUAUUUAGUAAUGUAAAAUGUAAUUCGUAGCCUAAUUAUAGCCUAUUACUUUGAAACCCACAGACAAUAUGUCUAUAUGAAAGUAUGUCUUUGUCAACCAAGGACCAAACCAAGAUACAAGUAAUGUUAGCGUGGUAUUCACGACAGCUGUGGAAUUCUGAAUAGCAAUAUUACGCAAGGAAAUGUAAAGAAAACGAGCUUGCGAUUUUCCUGGGAUGUAUCUCUGACGUAGGGAAGAAAGUGACACCUAUUUAGCUUAUACCUCUUCCUGACAGCUACUUGGGUGAACUCAGUUCAAUAACUGGCUGCUGGUGGCAAAAUCACUGCGGUUGAUCGGUGCUUGGAGAAAGCUGCAUACAAUAUAUACCGCUGGUCUGUCAUCUUCCCCACCAGCGUCACUUCGCAGUGGUGAAGCGAUCCCACGGAUUUUUGCGACUGGGAAGCGCGAUAUCGGCGGGGGCUUAUAACUGUUCACAAUAUCCUACAGUAGUUCUGGAAGGAAAAACAAAAAAAGAAAAACAUCUGCUAGGAGAUCAGCACCUUGAAAACAGCUGAAAUGAAAUGAGGCUCAGAAAUGCAUCGGCUGCCAUCGUGGUUAUGUUCCUUUCCAGUUUUCUCAGCCUGUCUUGGUACACAGCCUGGCAAAAUGGAAAAGAGAAGCUGAUGGCUUACGAGCGGGAGUUCCACGCCUUGAGAGAGCGCCUCCGUGUGGCAGAGCACAGGACAUUGCAGCGCUCCUCUGAGCUCAGCAGCAUCCUCGAGCAGCUCAGGAACACCAUCACAGACAGCAGGGGCAGCAAGCAAGCUAAUACCAGCACCUCAGAUGAGACCCAAAACCUGCUGAAGGUUCUGGCCCGCAAGGAGCUGCUCCAGGUGCCUAAUGUCUACUACCACGUACCUCACCUCUCGAACAACCCGGAGAGCCUUUACCCGAUGGUGCGAGUGGGGCAGGACCGGACUGGAGUCUCCAUAGUGAUGGGGAUCCCCACGGUGAAAAGGGAAGUCAGGUCCUACCUGGUGGAGACACUGCGCUCUCUCAUCGACAGGCUGUCACCUGAGGAGAAGCUGGACUGUGUCAUCGUAAUUUUCGUUGGGGAGACGGACACGGACUACGUGAAGAGUGUUGUCGAGGGACUGCAGAAGCAUUUCUCCAGCGAGUUCAGCUCUGGACUGCUAGAGGUCAUCUCCCCACCACGCAGGUACUACCCUGACUUCAACAACCUGAGGGUGACCUUUGGUGACUCGAAGGACAGAGUCAGGUGGAGAACAAAACAGAAUUUGGACUAUGCCUUCCUGAUGAUGUAUGCGGUGAACAAAGGUCUUUAUUAUGUACAGCUGGAAGAUGACAUCAUAGCCAAGCCAAACUACUUUGAUACCAUGAAGAAGUUUGCACUGCAGCUGUCUUCUGAGGAAUGGAUGAUUCUAGAGUUUUCUCAGCUGGGUUUCAUUGGGAAGAUGUUCCAGUCCCCUGAUCUCAACCUGAUUGUGGAGUUCAUCUUAAUGUUCUACAAAGAGAAACCUAUCGACUGGCUUCUAGACCACAUCCUGUGGGUGAAAGUUUGCAGUCCAGAGAAGGAUGAUAAGCACUGUGAGAGACAGAAGUCCAGCCUUCGGAUUCGCUUCAGACCGUCCCUUUUCCAGCACGUCGGGCUGCACUCCUCCCUAACAGGAAAAAUCCAGAAACUGACAGAUAAGGACUUCCUGAAACCGCCGCUCCACAAGAUGCACGUGAACCCACCUGCAGAGCUUUUCACGUCCAUGAAGGUCUACCAAGGUCAUACUCUGGAGAAAAGCUAUCUGGGUGAAGACUUCUUCUGGGCCACCGCUCCUGUGGCUGGUGACUACAUCGUCUUUAAGUUUGACCAGCCUGUUAGUAUUGAAAGGUACCUGUUUCGCAGUGGAAAUGAAGAGCACCCUGGAGACCAGAUAGAAAACACCAGCAUUGAGAUUUUGCCAUACUCGGACAAGGAACUGCAGACCAAAGACAAAUAUAAACUAACAGAAGACAAAUUCUACAUCAUUGGUCAGUUUACGAAGGGCUUGGCCGAAGCUGUGGUAGACCCUAUCUUUAACCCUGCGGCGGCAUUGCGUCUCACCAUGACCAGGAACUCCUCUGUUUGGGUUAUUCUGAAUGAGGUCAGCCCCACUCCCCUUUCUACCUGCGGAAGGACUCUGUGACAGUCGCAUUCACCCUUUCUCACCAGUACGCUCUUUGAGCUGGGAACAUUUACAUUCACUUAUUUGCCACUGACGUUUAUCCAAAGCAGCAUCCUGUCAGGAUCAGUAGUGGUGCACGAGACCGGGAAGCAGAAGGAGACAUAGGAGUACAGGGUUUAAUCGACAAAGGGAGCAGGGACAUGGAACAGGCAACGGAUGGAAACACUACACCAUGAGACUUCAGUGACAGAGCUAAGGAGACGGACUCAGACGCGGACUAAAAUACACAGGACUAAUCAUAGAUAAGACGAAACAGCUAAUUACAAUCGGGGUUUCCCAUGAGGUGAAUGAGGGGGUGUGGCACACAGGGGGAUCGGACGAGCAGGACCAGCCAGUCCUUGAUGUAAUUCCUCCAGGGUCCAACUUUGAAAUCACUCUGCCAAUUAUGGGAUUUGAAUUGACUACCUGACUGUGUUCACACAGUCCUAAACCAGAGAGCCGCACACCACUCCAGACUGGUUCUUAGCGGUGAGAUUGUAUGUGAUAACAUGUAUAUAUUUGCUCACGUCCUUUUGCAGAUUCACAUCAAGAAGCUACCUCGCCAUUAAAGGGGGUAUACAAUGUGGCAGUACACUAAUCAGCGGGGACAGUGAUUGGGCUGAGAGCUCCACCAAUCCCGGAAAAUCCUGGUGAUGUCACUCUACCUCAAGGGUUCGUCAUGACAACUGGCAGGAUCCCUGUCACAGCAGAACGACAAGCAUGUAAACGGACAGGGAAGCGUUUCCACAGAGGGGGUAAUGUUGCUGCAGCUGACAAAUGCAGGUGAUAGCCAAAAGAGGUUUCAUCAACUAUCUGCUGUAUUUUCUGACCCCACUAGAUGGUGCUCUGUUGUAGUGGGGCUGUAAGCAUGCCCCAAAGCAAGCCAAGAGCGCCAUCUAGUGAGGUUAAAAAGUGCAGCGAAUGGUUCAUGAAGUUUCAUUUGCCCAUCACUAGCAAAUGCAUCGACCUGCUGUGUUUGGUGGACUGAAGUGCUGCAUGUUCCAUGUCACACCAUCAUCUACUGUAUAUGUGCAGGGAAAGUACCUGCACGGCACUCACAUUAGCAGGCUGGGUCCUAUUGUAUAAACACAUGACUCUGUCUGUACACUGAUUACUGUCUUUUUCAGAAAAGUGGAGGUACUGAACAACAUCAAACACAAGGACUGUUUUUUUUUAUCUUUUUGAUACUUUUGAAAACUAAACACAUAAUUAACUGAUCAGUUCCUGCAAUUUGUUACAGUAAUGUGGGGGGGGGGGUAACAUUUGAUAUUGUUUAUAUGAUCAGAAAUCCUGCAAAAACAUGCAAAGGUACUGUGAACUGGGGGAUGUUUUAUACUUCUGUGUUAAUGUGACGUUCCUGCUUUUUUAUGGUAUCUAUGUAAUUUAAGAAACAGAAGAAUUUAGGCAUAGCAUACAGUUCAGUGUGUUCAACUGAAGGGAAAUAUUAUCAGGACAAAUGAACAUAAUCUAAUUUAUUUUAAUUGUAUAGUAUAAAUAGUCAUAUCAAAUUUUUAAAUGUGUAUAGUUUGUAAAGUGUUUUGCUUACCUUUUUAAUGAAGAAAAUUGUCUGAUUUUUCUGUAUACAAUUGAUGAGAGCAUGUUAAACCGCAGGUUUGUGUAGAGACCAUUUCAGACACUAUCUAUUAAAUGUAAUGAAGUCUUUAAUCUCUUAAUGACAAUCUCGCCAUUCACACACGUGCUGUUGUGUGCUUUUUUGCUCUGAAUGACAAAAUGACUUGUUUCACCAGUUUUACUGUCUCCAGGGCACCUGUAAUUUUUUCAAAAUCUAAUUGUAAGCAUUUUUUAAUUCCUGUUUCAUUCCAUGAUAAGUCAUGACCAAAACUGCAAGUCUGUCCAUAUUUCGCAGAAUAUCUGUUUAUUUUUUGCAAUUAAAUUCAGCAGUACAUUUCAGCUUGCAUGUAUUGUCAUAAGUAUGAAGCAAUUUUAAUGGUGGAACUUUGAUUGCAAACUGCAUUGACAUUUAUAGGGCCUAUUUGCUGGUUAAACAAGUUUACAUGUAAAUUGCAGUAUGGUCAGUUUAUUACCAAUAUGUUUAAUGUUUGUACUGAUCAAGCCACAUAAAAAGCACAAAUGUCUAUAGUUGUGUUUCUCAGGUAUUAACAUGAGUUUGAUUAGUGGACACCCUGGGCCGACCUACCCUGCUGUCUUUCACAGAGAUUCUCUCAGCCCACCGCUGUUAAGUUAAGUCCUUCAACUUCCCUCCCAUCGCCCUGAUUUUGGGGCAUAUCUUUCAAAUAAACUGAAAAAUCUUUAUAUGA